CCUUUUUUCUUUUACAGGUAACACCCUGCAAAUUUUUGUGUUUUCCAAACCUCGCCCCUUGUCUUUAUACCUCAACCUAUAUUUGAUUCCUCCAGGGUUCUAGCCUUAACAACAUACCCAGCUAUCGAGAUCUAUCCAAUUUAUUCUCCGUUCUGCUUGGGUUUGUGGUUCGGAAUGUCAUCUGUAUCUAGUCAGCCUCAGUUCAGAUACACGCAGCCUCCCUCUAAGGUUCUACAUUUAAGAAACUUACCAUGGGAAUGCACAGAGGAGGAACUGAUUGAAUUGGGAAAGCCAUUUGGUAAAGUUGUUAAUACCAAAUGUAAUGUUGGAGCAAAUAGAAAUCAAGCAUUUAUAGAAUUUGCAGAAUUGAAUCAAGCUAUUGCAAUGAUAUCGUACUAUGCUUCUUCCUCAGAACCAGCUCAGGUACGCGGGAAAACCGUCUAUCUACAGUAUUCCAACAGGCAAGAGAUAGUGAACAACAAAACUACUGCCGAUGUCGCUGGAAAUGUAUUGUUGGUAACUAUUGAGGGAAAUGAUGCACGCCUUGUCAGUAUAGAUGUUUUACACUUGGUGUUCUCAGCUUUUGGAUUUGUCCAUAAGAUUACUACAUUUGAGAAAACUGCUGGAUUCCAGGCGCUAGUGCAAUUUACUGAUGCAGAAACUGCGACUUCUGCGAAGGAUGCCCUUGAUGGAAGAAGCAUUCCCAGGUAUUUGAUUCCGGAGCUGGGACCUUGUUCUCUCAAAAUAACAUAUUCGGCACAUACUGAUUUGAGUGUGAAGUUUCAGAGUCAUCGUAGCAGGGACUACACCAAUCCUCUCCUUCCUGUUGCUCCCUCAGCUAUUGAUGCAAGUGGUCAGAUCAGUGUGGGUUUAGAUGGGAAGAAGCUGGAGCCUGAAAGUAAUGUUCUUCUAGCUUCCAUUGAGAACAUGCAAUAUGCUGUAACCUUGGAUGUCCUACACAUGGUUUUUUCAGCUUUUGGUCCUGUGCUAAAGAUUGCAAUGUUCGAUAAGAAUGGUGGGGUUCAGGCUUUGAUACAAUUUCCAGAUGUGCAGACAGCAAUUGUUGCAAAGGAAGCUUUAGAAGGACAUUCCAUAUAUGAAGGAGGAUUUUGUAAGCUUCAUAUCUCCUACUCUCGCCACACUGAUCUCAGUAUAAAGGUGAAUAAUGAUCGCAGCAGAGAUUAUACAGUCCCAAAUGUCCCUAUGAUGAACUCUCAACCCCAGGUCUUGGGGCAGCAACCACCUUCAGUAGGAGGUCCAGGUGUUCAUCCAUACAAUGGACCUACGCAAUAUGCCCCAGCUCCUCAACAAGCACUUGGUGCACCUCCUCAGCAUUCAGCUGGCUGGAACUCACCUGUUGGUGCUGCACCUCCUCAGCAUUCAGCUGGCUGGAACUCACCUGUUGGUGCUGCACCUCAACAAAUGCCAAUGCAGAUGCACAAUCACCAUUACUCUAUGCCUCCAAGUGGGCCGACGCCGCCUCCUCCUCAUAUGGGUCCUGGGAUGAUGCCAAUGCAUGGACAGAACGGACUACCACAUUCCGGCGGAAUACCUCCUUACCAUCAACAAUAGCACUAGUGAGAUUUCUAGCCCAGGAUUCCAUUUUGCUGCAGCAAGAUCUAAGCCAAGAUGUUGAAUAGUUUGGUCCGGACUGCAUAUCUUAGUUCGUCGUUUUCUGUCUCCUUUAUAUCUUAUUUCCUUUUUCUUUGGGUGUCAUUGGAAGGUUUCUAAGCUACUAGUAGGCAUGCACUGGUUAUGAAGAGACUUCAUUGACGUGUAGGGCCAAUAAUUUUUCAUUGUCUUUCGAUUGGGUGCCAUAUAUCAAUUAUAUUACGUAGUCA